AUGGGUGUCGAUCUCGACAAGCACCACGUCAAGAGUGGCCACCGCAAGGCACCGAAGAGCGAGAACCCCUACCUCCGAAUCCUCGUCAAGCUCUAUGCCUUCCUUUCGCGCAGGACCGACAGCAGCUUCAACAAGACUGUCUGGCGCCGCCUCUGCGCCUCCAAGAUCAACAGGCCGCCAAUGUCCCUCUCCAAGAUCGUCGGUGUCACCGCGAACAAGCACUCCGCCGAAGCCUACGAAGGCAAGAUCCGCGCCGUUGUUGGCGUUGUGACUGACGAUAACCGCCUCGUGGAGGUGCCGAAGAUGACCAUCUGCGCACUCCGCUUCACCGCCACUGCCCGUGCUCGCAUUGAGAAGGCUGGCGGCGAGUGCUUGACCUUCGACCAGCUCGCUAUGCGCGCACCCACUGGCUCGAAUGUUGUUCUCCUUCGUGGCCCGAAGAACGCACGUGAGGCUGUCAAGCAUUUCGGCUUCGGUCCGCACUCGCACAAGAAACCGUACGUGGAGAGCAAGGGCAGGAAGUUCGAGAAGGGUCGUGGCCGGAGAAGAUCGAAGGGUUUCAAGGUGUAA